AAGUCGCCGUUUCUGUGAACGUCAAAUAAAACUUCUGGGAAUCGAACUCAGCCCGAACUUAAGUCUCUAGAACGGACGUGCGAAUGUACUGCGCGACAGGCUUCGUUGCGGCGUCCAAGUCAUUUGAUUUUUUUAUUUUUUUUUUUUUUGGUGGACAGCAAAGAAUAGCGAAGCAAAAGCCGAGCGUUACUGUACUCGUGAAGGCUGCCAUGUGUCAGCAGAGAAUCCAGAUGUCCCGUUUUCUUGGCGGUCAUUGAAUGCGCCUUCGACAACCUCAAAGCGGAAGUUGAUUUUUCUUCGGAAAUGACUUCCGGGGGUGGCACGGCGGGCUCACAGUUCUGAAGACCCGGGUUAGAUCCCGGCCCGGCCUGCUUGGAGUUUCGCCCACAUCCCAAAAACAUGACUUGGACACUCUAAAUUGCCCCAAGGUGUGACUGGGAGUGCGACUGUGCGGUUGGCUGGCGACUCGUUCAGGGUGUACCCCGCCCGCCCGCCUCCAUGCCCGUUGACAGACGGGAUAGGCUCCUGUGACCCCGCGAUGAACAGCGAAAACUUCGCCCUGAGCGAGAAGAUGGUGCCGGCGACGUACGUCCGGCGGGCCGGCCAAGCCCGCCGCGGCCACGAGCUGCUCAUCAGGCAGCUGCUGGAGCAGGGGAAGUGUCCGGCGAAAGGGUGGAGCGAGGCCACCGUGGAGCUCUUCCUGAACGAGCUGGCCGUCAUGGACAGCAACAAUUUCCUGGGCAACUGCGGCGUGGGCGAGCGGGAAGGCCGCGUGGCGUCCGCCAUCGUGGCCCGGCGACAUUACAGGUUGAUCCACGGCCUGGGUCGCUCGGGCGACGUCGCGGCCGUCCAGCCCAAAGCCGCCGGGUCCAGUCUGCUCAACAAGCUGACCAACUCGCUCGCGCUGGACGUUCUCAAGAUGGCCGGUGUGAGGAGCGUCGAGAGCUGCUUUGUGGUUCCCAUGGCGACCGGCAUGAGCCUGACCCUCUGCUUCCUGACCCUGCGCCAGCGGCGGCCCGAGGCCCGCUACAUCAUCUGGCCGCGCGUCGACCAAAAGUCCUGUUUCAAAGCCAUGCUCACGGCGGGCUUCGUCCCCGUCGUGGUGGAAAACGCGCCGGAGGGCGACGAGCUGCGGACGGACGUGGAAGCGGUCGAGCGGCAAAUCCGCCGUCUGGGGGCCGAGAGCGUCCUGUGCGUCCAUUCCACCACGUCCUGCUUUGCGCCGCGAGCGCCCGACAGGCUGGAGGAGCUGGCGGUCCUGUGCGCGAAAUACGACGUCCCGCACAUCGUCAACAACGCGUACGGCGUGCAGUCGUCCAAGUGCAUGCACCUGAUCCAGGAAGGGGCUCGCGUGGGACGCGUGGACGCCUUCGUCCAGAGCUUGGAUAAGAACUUCCUGGUUCCGGUCGGGGGCGCCAUCGUCGCCGGCUUUGACCGAGCCUUCGUCGAGGAGAUUAGCGGGACGUACCCGGGUCGAGCGUCCGCCUCGCCUUCCCUGGACCUCCUCGUCACCCUGCUGACGCUGGGCGCCGACGGCUACAGGAAGCUCCUGGCGGACAGGAAGGAGGUCUUUGCGCUCCUGACUGAGGAACUGAAGAAGCUGGCUUGCGCCCAUGGCGAGCGCUUGCUUCACACCCCCCACAACCCCAUUUCACUCGCCGUGUCGCUGGACGGCCUCGGGGCCCGCCGCGGCGAUGCGGUGACUCGGCUCGGCGCCAUGCUGUUCACGCGCCAGGUUUCGGGAGCCAGGGUGGUCCCGCUGGACAAGGAGCAGACCAUCGGCGGGCACACCUUUCGCGGGUUCAUGUCGCACUCGGAGUCCUACCCGUGCCCGUACCUCAACGCGGCGGCCGCCGUGGGCAUCACCGGCGAGGACGUGGCGCUGUGCGUCAAACGACUGGACAAGUGCCUCAAGACGCUGCGGAAGGAGGCAAACGGGGGCCAAAGUUGCUCUCCGCCUUUGAGUUAAAUCCAAAUGUCAGCAAAUUGAACGUUCUACUUUUAGGCUGCCAAAGCGUCCAAAGACUUGAAAACGUGGAGCCCGAAAGGAAAUCCUCACGUCACUGAGCUCGUAGCGUUCAGGGUCGAACAAGAAAAAUAGUGGUCUGAGAAUAGAUCCUUGUUGAACUCC